UUUUCUGAAAAAACUUUUCGGCGCAUGACUCUGUUUUGUAAUUCAUCCAAGAAAAAAUAAAACAAUUUCGCAUAGUUCGGCAAGAAGGGGAGAUUUUCUUAUUAUUUGAAGUUUUCCCAAGGUUAGGCAUCCAAAGAAGGGAAGAUUAAACCAUGGCUGAUGAUGAGGAUCCGAAAGAAUAUCGCUGGGAGACAGGAUAUGAGAAGACUUGGGAGGCAAUUAAGGAGGAUGAGCGAGGUCUUUUGCAAGGUUCCGUGGCGGAGAUCAUCCAGAAGGCCAAACGGAAGCGCCAGGCUGAGAAAAAGGGGCGCUUGGGGAUGAUGCGGCAUGUCUAUGUGAUUGUGGAUUGCACGGAGAAUAUGGGAACGCAGGAUUUGAAGCCAACACGACUCGUGUGCACCAUGAAGCUGCUUGAGGUGUUUGUGGAGGAGUUCUUUGAUCAGAAUCCCAUCAGUCAGAUGGGAUUUAUCGUGCUCAAGAGUAAGCGGGCUGAGAAGAUUUCGGAUCUUACGGGGAGUAGCCGGAAGCACAUUAAAGCAAUCCGGGGAUUGGCUAAUUUAUCCCUUAUUGGGGAACCUUCACUGCAGAAUGGUUUGGAUUUUGCCCUGAAGACGCUGAAGAUGGUUCCGGCGCAUGCUAGCAGGGAGAUUAUUGUGAUUAUGGGAAGUUUGACAACGUGUGAUCCCACGGAUAUUCACGUUACCAUUGAUGGGCUUCGUGCUGAAGGGAUACGUUGCUCGGUUAUAAGUCUUUCGGCAGAGGUACGAAUCUGCCGGUACAUGACGCGAGAGACUUCCGGGGUGUACAGUGUUAUCCUCGAUGAUGCUCACUUCCGGGAUCAGCUGUUGCAGCAUGUGGAGCCACCACCAGCAGCCAGAACUCAAGAGAAUUCCCUCAUAAAGAUGGGCUUUCCACAUGGACGUGCGGAGGAGGGCAAAGAUCCCGCCCUGACGCUCUGUAUGUGUCACCUGGACAGCACCGAUGAUCCGAGUCAUCUCUCCGUGGGUGGCUAUCAGUGUCCACAGUGCCUCAGCAAGUACUGUGAGCUUCCCAUUGAGUGCAUUACGUGCGGUUUGACGCUCGUCUCAGCACCCCAUCUGGCACGUUCGUACCAUCAUCUCUUCCCUGUGGCACGUUUCCGGGAAGUUGAAUGGCACGAGCAGGCGGAAUCCUGCUAUGCAUGCCAGAAGAUCUUCGCAGAGCCGCAGGAUAAGCUAAUUUAUCAAUGCGAAACGUGUGAGAUGUUCUUCUGCACGGACUGCGACAUUUUCAUCCACGAUGAUCUCCAUUCGUGCGUUGGGUGCUGCACACUUCCGGCAACAGUUGCCAGCCUGCAGCAGGGUGCCUUCGGAAGGGCACAGCACUGAAAUUCUCAUUUCCGGGAAGCUCAAACCUUCCCCAAUUGUACAGAGAAAAAAAUAUCCGGGAAGCGUGAAAGCAGCAUAAGCACGAUGAUGCAUUUGUAGAGCAAAUGCUGCAAAGCCCGUAAAGCCGCCUAAAGCAUUUCCCGCCAAAAAAUUGAGGUUAAAAGCUACUAAAAAGCGUCUUUCAUGUUGAGAUAAUUGAAAAUAUGAAUGUUUUACGCAUUUAAGAAAUAAAUAAUUUAUAAGGACGA